AUGGCUGCUGCUCGCUUCCUCACUCCGACUAGCCUGGCAGACAGUCAGUUCUUCCAUGCAGAAAACUGGCUCCGGGAUGAUGAUAAAGUUAGAAGGCAGCAUUCGGUGCUGCGAAGGGUGAAACGCUUUCUGAGUGUCCGAGAAGUCUCCCCUUUGCCCAGCAGGAGGACCUACCAACGGCAAUCCAGUGAAAGCUCAAUUUUUUUCCCAUCACAUGAAAUGCGUCAUAUUGAUAAUCUUCUGGAAAUGCACUCUAGAGGGAGACACUUCCCUUUAAAUGGCAGAAAAACUCAUAACUGGUCUGAUAAGGAUGGAAAGAUGCAUGGAAGUAUGGAUCUUACAGUUAUUCGAGAAAGCAGCAAGAAUGAUGCUCUAGAGAAUUCCAAUCAAUCCAAAGUGGAUGAGAGAAUUAGCAAAGUAGACUCAGUAACUGUCAAAACUAAGAGCAAAGAAACCAGAGUAGAUUCAGACAAGGACUCCUCUGUCAUGACAAGAAAAUAUUUGGGCAGUCAAAGUGAGUCAGAAACAGAUUCUGAAGGAAUUGUGCUGACCCAUUGUGGAACACACAACAGCAAUGCAGAUUUGUUGACAACACCUUCAGAAACAGAACCUCCUCAUACGCAAUCCAAGCAACAGGAUCCACCUUUGGGUAUGCCAAAAGGAAAUAAAUCACCCUCGUCUCAAAAAUCAACUGUCAAUAUGGCAGAUAAUCAAAGAUGGAGAUUUCCAGAUGUUCUUGCUCAGCAUGAAGUGCUCAGUACCAAAGAAUUGGCAACUUCCUCUGGAAAAAACAACUUAAGUCCAGAUAGCACACCUACACCUAGUCCUAUUUCUCCAAAUACAUUUGACAUAUGUUACUUACUAGAGCAACCAGAUACUAAAGAAACUGAUAUUCUUCAUAUAGCUGAGUUUAACAAUGAUUCCACUAAAGAUCAUCUUUGA